GGCCGGCAAACUGCACAACAAUUAGCAUCGCCAGCCCUCAUCGAUCCGCCGCCGCCACUUCCCUUUUUUCUUCCCAUGUCCGUCUUCUAGCUACCUCUAUCUGUCUGCACUCUGCAUUAUCCCCCCUACAAAAAUAACUCCUCCCUCCUUUCCAUCAUAUAGGAAAAGCCUUGUCCCCCAAUCAGGUUCGUUCCCACAAGAUGAACUUGGUUGGAGGAGCUUCUCUGGCAUUACUACUAGCUUUUGUGGCAUUAACGCAAGCAGUUGGCGCGCAAUCAGGCUACUACGGUGGUAAUGGCGAGGUUCAGGGCAAGAGGCAUCAUGAUGACAAACCAAAACGCCACUAUGUCAAACCCAAAUAUCAUAAGAAAUCACCUCCGCAUCAACAUGGAGGAAGUCCUCAUCGUCAACAUCAUUCUCCUCCUACACUCCCUCACCCUCGCCAUCCCAUCCACAAACCGAGGCAAAAUCGUUACAGACAUAAACCUUUAGGCCAAUGGAUGACUGGCCAUGCAACGUUUUACGGUGGUGGCGAUGCCUCCGGCACAAUGGGAGGGGCCUGUGGAUACGGGAACCUGUACAGUGAAGGCUAUGGCAUAAAGACAGCAGCUUUGAGCGCAGCCCUGUUCAAUGAUGGCAAAUCCUGCGGCGCAUGCUUCGAGCUGAAAUGCACACAUGACCCACAAUGGUGUCUCCACGAAACGAUCACCGUCACAGCCACCAACUUCUGUCCCGGUGGAGGGUUAGGAUGGUGCAAUGCCCCCAACAAGCACUUCGAUCUCUCUCAGCCGAUCUUCCAGCACAUGGCUGUUUACAAGGCAGGGAUAGUCCCAGUUGUGUACAGGAGGAUUGCCUGCAAGAGAAAAGGAGGGAUCAAGUUUACCAUUACUGGGAAUGCUUACUUCAAUCUCGUGCUUGUGACGAAUGUUGGUGGUUCUGGAGAUGUUGUGGCCAUGUCAGUGAAGGGUUCCAACCAUGGAGGGAAGUGGCUGCCGAUGGUAAGGAACUGGGGCCAGAAUUGGCAGACAAAUGGUUACCUGCAAGGACAAGGGUUGUCUUUCAAGGUUAUGACGAGUAAUGGGCAUACCGUUACUUCCCUCAAUGUUGCUCCCAAGAACUGGUGGUUUGGGCAGACUUUUGUUGGUAGGCAGUUUGGCCAGCCUCACCCUGGUCGCCAACGGAAGAAAUGACAUGAGAAACAUAAGACAGACAUAUAUUGUACUUGAUAGCCUAUUUGUUUUAUGGGUAUUGUUUGCUGGUAACUUUUUUGACACAUAAUCAAAAUCUAAAGAUUCUUCACUCACUGGAACUGCAAUCAGAGUGGAAACAGCCACCAAAUGACCGAAAUGGAUAGAGAAAUUGACACAAGGGCAAUCAAAGAGUUCGUUACUGCAUAAGGCUACAAGAGUGUACAGAACCUAAUCAAACUCAUUCAUCCAG